CACGUGUAAAGGACGCCUACAGUUCAGAGCAGGCCGAGCCCGGCUCACGGAGGAGCGCCGGGCCACGGCGGCGGAGUGGGGUUAGCUGUUGGGAGCGAUGGGCGACUGGAGCUUCCUGGGGCGGCUGCUGGAGAAUGCGCAGGAGCACUCCACGGUGAUCGGCAAGGUGUGGCUGACCGUGCUGUUCAUCUUCCGCAUCCUUGUGCUAGGGGCAGCGGCUGAGGAAGUGUGGGGUGACGAGCAGUCGGACUUCACUUGUAACACCCAGCAGCCGGGCUGCGAGAACGUCUGCUAUGACCGCGCCUUUCCCAUCUCUCAUAUCCGUUUCUGGGCACUGCAGAUCAUCUUCGUGUCCACGCCCACCCUCAUCUACCUGGGCCACGUGCUGCACAUCGUGCGCAUGGAGGAAAAGAAGAGAGAGAGGGAGGAGGAGCUGCUGCGGAGAGACAACCCACAUGGCCGAGGCCGCGAGCCCCUGCGCACCGGGGGCACACGGGACCCCCUGGUACGUGAUGACCGUGGAAAGGUACCUAUUGCGGGUGCACUGUUGCGGACCUACGUCUUCAACAUCAUCUUCAAGACGCUCUUUGAGGUGAGCUUCAUCGCAGGCCAGUACUUUCUGUAUGGCUUCCAGCUGCAGCCACUGUACCGAUGCGACCGCUGGCCCUGCCCCAAUACAGUGGACUGCUUCAUCUCCAGGCCCACGGAAAAGACCAUCUUUGUCAUCUUCAUGCUGGCUGUGGCCUGUGCAUCACUGGUGCUCAACAUGCUGGAGAUCUACCACCUGGGCUGGAAGAAGCUCAAGCAGGGGGUAACCAACCACUUCAUCCCAAAUGCCUCAGAAGCCAGGCUCAAGGCCUUGGAACCCCAACCCCCAGCCUCUAGCCCUGGCCUGCCCAGCAUCUCCAUUGGAUUCCCACCUUGCUACACACACCCUGCCUGCCCCCCAGGUCAGGCAAGGGCCACAGGGUAUCCUGGGACCCCACCACCAGCAGCAGACUUCACUGUGAUAGCCUUGAAUGAAGCACAACGUGGAAGCCACCCUGCCAAGCUCUACAGUGGCCACCACCUGCUGAUGACUGAGCAGAACUGGGCCAGCCAGGUGGCUGAGCAGCAGACUUCUGCUGGCAAGGCCUCUUCCACAGCCUCCAGCCCUGUCUGCCCCAGCAAGGGGCUCACAGACAGCAGUGGCAACGGCUUGGAGGAGAGUGUCUUGGUGGGGACACCUGAAGAGGAGGAGCAGGCCUUGGCCACCACAGCAGAGAUGCACUUGCCAUCUUUGGUCCCCCUGGACCCAGGAAGGUCCAGCAAGGCCAGUAGUGGGCGGGCCAGACCGGGUGACUUGGCCAUCUAGCUGUGGUCUCUCCAGACAGCUUUACAGUUUAUAGCUUUGUAACCCCCCCCCCAACACACACACUUUUUUCUAGAAACCAAAACCAAAGUGCUGUUCAAAUCAGCAGUAGAGAGAAAGUCUGACAGAGCCCUGGAGUCCCCCGAGGAGGGACAUGAAGUGAAAAUGUGCAGGUGUUACAUUUAAUGCUUGCUGUUCUUGGGGCUGUGGGAUAUCAUGAGGAUGGCACCAGAGGUCUGAGAUUGGCAGGAGACCAGAGGGGGCAGGGGUUCUUGGCCUUCAAGGAUACUCCCAGUAAUGGGUUGCUAUUGGACGCCUACAUCUCUGAGGUAACUGUUCUGUUGUGAUAAAGCAACAGGUGUUUGCAGCCCUGCAGCAGGGCAUGGUUGACUUUCCAUUCCUAAGGUCUCCAAGCAGCCUAGAGAGUCACAGACAUACUUAGCUCUAUCUCUGCUUGAUACUUUUAACUUAGGGUUGAAUUUCAUUUGGGAUAUUUGCCAAACUAUACUAAAAAAAGAUUUAGAGGGAGUCCAUGUAGUGUCAUUUGAGUUUCUGGAAUCGCAUGUGAAGCCCAGGAUAUCCAUCUACAGACUGCAUGACAAGUGACAAAGAGCAGUUACCCUCCAGAGGCAGUUGGGUGGGACAGGACCAUAGAGAUUACUGGUAGAGGCAGGUGGAGAUGCAGAGACCCUGGGGAGCCCUUUUCAGCAGCUGAGGACAUUGACAUGAAAGUGUGGCAGAUAUGCCGUAGGUAUUUCUUUUUUAAAUGACAUUUUGUGCUUUCAUCUGAAUGGUACAGAUGAAAUGGUUUGUGUAUUUUCUCCCACGUUCUAUCUUUCAUCAAAAAUAGCACUGUUGAAAUGGAUACUGACCAAGAAGAUGCUAAUUUGUCCUUCAGUAUAUUAGUUGCAAUUUUGUACUUUCUUUUAAAAGAAAUUCUUUAACUUCUAAGUCAACUAAAUAAAUCAUUGUUAGAACAUACUCUUAUAUAAUAAAACCUGGAGAAUUCAAAUUCUUGAAGUUGUAAAGGAGGCUAAAAGUUAACUACUAUUGCCAGGGAAAAUAUUUAUACAGAUGAAUCAGUGAUGACCUACACUUAAAAAUAAAACAGUACAAAAUAAAACACUUCAAGUUUCCUAGCCAUUCUUUGUGAACAGCCUGUUUGCUUUCUAAAGUGCAAAUAAAAAUGUCUUGGUUUACUGCCUGUAUAAGAAGAGCAUGUGGCUGAUCAUGGGAUGUCCUCCCUGUUUUC